ACGCCCCAAGCAACGCUCAGCGAAUUUAUUCCAUCAUUCUAUGAGGUCCCGGCGUCUGCAUCGAUUACUUGUAGAGCAACAUCCCUGCCUUCUUUUUUAUUUCUCAUUCUCUGAUUGCAGUUAGUACUAGUAGACUCUGGUUAGUACGGUUUCGGUGAAAGUCGAGCUUUCAGAGCGUGACAGCCUGAACCUUGCCGUACAACACGAAACGUCACCGCUGGCCUGCCACUGCGCCACUGCGCGUGUUCGCUCGUCCGCCUGUAAUCGCUAAAUUAUGAAGCACAUCAAGCGUUUCCUGUUUUCGGCGCCGAGUGCUGAAAGACCGAUGGAACCCGUCGAUCCUUUUCCUCUGAUGAACCUUCCCGAGCAGUUAAUCGAAUACGUGCUGUCUUUCGUCAGCCACACGGAUCUGCUGAAAAGUUGCCGCAAUACAUGCAAGCUUUUCCGAGACUUGAUCGACAGCAACAGUUUCUGGAAGAUCAAGUGCCUGCGGGACGGCAAGGGCAUUCCCUCGUUCCACCUGGAGGAGCUUCCACCACGCUACUACCAACGCAUUUACAUCGGGAACCCGUACGGUAGGAAUUUGCUUCGGAACGGCCACGGAGAUUCCCCCAAAGGUGCAUUUGCCUCAUGGCGUAUAAUAGAAAACGGCGGUGAUGGAUGGAAAUAUGAAGAAACACCAAAAGGUGCUGAUCCCUUGCCUUUAGAUAAACAGGGAUGCUUUUCAACUUCUUACGGUGCAUGCACGAAGCAGCAAGUCAUCAGUCUUGCGAGCGAGGGCGUGCUUCCUGAAAUAAUGGACAACUUCAAGCCACACAUUGAAGUCUCAGAAUGGCAUGCAGCUCGAUUUGAUUGUGGCUGUGAGUACAGAUUGACCGUCUCACUGCUCAAUGAAAAAAGGAAAGUGCUGCAUGAGUUCACUACUGGCCCUAUUGUAACCGAACAGUGGCUUGGCCGGGAAUGGAGUCAGGUCACACAUGUCUUUCGUGACUACCCAUCAGGGGUGCGUUUUGUGCAGUUCCAGCACUAUGGUUGUGACACUCAAUUUUGGGCAGGCAACUUUGGAUCCAAGAUGGCGGGAGGUGUGGUUCGUGUUCGUGGAAACAAGCAGGAACCUGUAGCCACUGAAAUCACCACAUCGUAAUCUUUCCUGGUUCUCUUGCCUCAAGCUGCUUGCAAGAACACACUCAUGUACUUGUGCAUCUGCUGUUUUGUGCGGGAGUAUUUCUCCAUAAGUGAUAUUCCCUUACAUAUAGAUUUGUACAAGUAAUGAACGUGGCUCAAAUGCACUUGAUGAUUGAUAAUAUCAAACUUGAUUGGUUUGUUGUUCUAAUUUCUAAUCUGAAUUGAAUUGAGUUUAUUCUGCAACAACAAGGUUGCGUUCAUUUGCAUGAACCUUUUGAAUAUAUCCCUUGUACCAAUGUGCAAUUUAGGACCACGUUAUGUAUGGGCUUCUAUGACCAGAAGCAAUUGAAAAAAAAAGUUACUCGUUAAGUGUAUUGUCAAAACUUAGCUUGCAGAAGCUUCAUUAGUGAACAACACUUCUGAAAUAUCAAAGCAGCCUCGCGUAACUGCUGGAGAAAUCUUCGUAAGCCAGGAAAGAUUAAAACAUGGAAGACAAGUGGCACCAUCACCUUGAAGCUCUCACAUGAUGUCAUGAAUUUCAACAGUGUCUACUUGGGCCCUUUUUUCUAGAGAAAGACUACGUUUCAUUUCAAAUGAACCAAGGAAUCCACAUAAAUGUUUUUCAAAACAUUUCCUGCUCCAGAACAGUCAGAAUGCGAGAAAAUAAUUUGAAAUUCAUGACGUCCCACUGAUAUAGCGGCAGUGAGGUUUCGGCACAGAAUUAGGGAAGUGUGUCCCUCAUUCCUCCAGUAAUAAUCAACAUUUUCCCACCACAUUAAUGAAAACAAGCUUUUCAAAAAAUUCUUUAUACCAAUCUAAACUGAUUUAGUGUUGCUCUUUAGUAUCCUUUUAAAUUUUGCAUGUUGACAAAGCCAUUUCAUCUGUAGACAACCUAAAAAACAAAUGUUUUUAUUAUCUUUUGUAUUUAGUGUUCAAGGUAUUGUAGAAACAUGCAGAAUAAAGUAUAGUGCUUUCAAUAUUAGGAUAUAAUUUUGUCUGAUUACAUAUUAUUCGGUCUAGAAUAAUUGAAGCCUAUAUAGCAAUGCAGAUGAAAUAGCAUGCUCAUGUGAAGUUUACUUAACGUGGGCUUAAUGAAUUUGUAACAAAAACAUUUAAUGUUUUGCUUUGGAUGACUAUGUUUCUUGUUUUGUAAAAUAUUCAGCCUCUGUAGGAUUGCUGCAAUAGAGUUUGGCUGGACAUACUUUGCACAUGUAAGUGCACCCAUGAGUGAAAGCAUAUGGAUUACAAUUGGCACAAGAAAACUGAAUUACUCGCAGCUUAAGGCAAUAAUUGAGAACUACAGUGUGAAAUUGGCAACACCACAAUGCACUCAUCACAUUAUGGGCUUGGGUCUCCAAAAAUUUAAUUUUCUUUUUUGCAUUGCAUACUUUUUUCUUUAUGUUGGAACAUAGUUUUGACUUUGAUCGCAUAUUUUUUUCAGUCUGGGAUAAUAAUUUCAGGUGUAAUGGAGCAACAAGAAGAGUUCAUCUUGUUGUAAAAUUUCACUUGUGGGGCCGGAGGUUACAUGCAGCUCUUAAGAUGAACUUGAGAGAGAGAGAGACUGACUGAGGAGAGGAAGAGGUGCUUUAGGGAGCAUGGCUCAGCGCUGAGCCUUGGGGAAAGGGACAUAAAGAGGAAAAAAAGAGAGGGGGAGGGGUAGUGGCGGUCACAGGACCCAUGAAUGCUAGCAGCAGGCAGGCGGCACAUUUACAAGUUAGACAACAGCCCCGUACACAGCUAUGCAUGGUGUGUUUGAGAGAAGUCAGUUUCAUGCAAUUCCUGUCUGGCUAUGCAGUGGACCACGGAAGAUUUUUGUAAUUUAUGCUUUGUCAUUUUGUGUGUGCCAUGCCUUUUGUGUGUUUGUUAUUGGCCAUCACUAAUGAUGAUUCCCUCCAGUGAUUUCUAUCACUGCCUUCAAUGUGUGUUUAUAACUGCAGCCAUAUUUUUUGUAAUCCAUCUUUUUACUGCAGUUUUAGUAAGUAGUUUGAGGGUAGAGGAUUCUUGCAUACAUUUGCAAUAUAACAGAAGAAAGCUCAUGCAGUGAGACACAUUUGUAAAACUAAUAUAUGAUGUGCAUAUACAUAUUAGUUUUACAAAUGUGCAUAUGUGAUGUGCAUAUAUGAUGGGCAUAAGAUUAUUUGAAUGACACUUUAGUGAAAGAAAUGUUUGACUUUGUGCACAUUACAUGCUAUGGGCUUGUGUAGCUCUGUUUUAACGCAGGACGUUUUCAUGUCGUACACAUGUUUGGGGCAAUCAUAAAAUAGCUUGCACAUUCUUGGUGAGAGCAACCAUAGCAGUAUACUUGAUGGACGCAUGUGGAGCACACUCCAGCAAGUGAAAUUCUACCAUGAGUAGUGUUGGCACUCAAGGCUGGACAGCUUGCUAAAUGUUACCCUGUGUUUUGUUUUUAACAGUACCCUUGCUAUGCUGGUGUGAUUUCUUUCUGCAGAAGAUGUGGUGUGUUUGUGAAAUAUACCGUAUAUACUUGCAUAAUGAACGCACUCACGUAAUGAACGCACCCCCCACUUUUCCAAUCAAGAAGUGUGUUUUUUCUUUUCCUUGCAUAAUGAAUGCACCCUGAACUUGCUGCCAUAAAGUAGUAGAGACACGUCGGCGUCUGAUAGGGCGUCCGCUGGGUACAAUUGUAUUGGACGCCAUAUCAGACACCGAAUCGUACCGUGUGUCUCUUACUUUUAUUGCAAUAGCAAUUAUAUGGACACUCCAGGCGCAUCUUUGCCAUCAGCACCGACAAUCGUGCCUUAAUCUCCUGCGUUUGAGGGAGGAAAGUGGGGAGGAAACGCACUGUAUUGCAUCGUGUGCAUGGCACCAGGGGGAGGGGGGGGGGGGAGCAGCAACUGCACAUUGCGCGGUCACGUGCACCUUAUCUUGAAAGCGAUCUGUGUCGGGGGCUGAGUGUAGCAGUGCGACGGCGGCUUAUACCUUUGUGCGUGCUUCGUUCUCGCUGCUCAUUGAAGCGAUACACAGCACGAAGGUCACUUCGCCCGCUGUUGCUGCCAUGCUUGCUCAUGCCAACGUUUUGACAGCGAGUGUCCGGAGUCAUCGAGUGUGAUGUAUUCGUGUUUGCAUGUGUGCGCUGACACCAUGCUUGUUAUUUUACAUAGUUAGCAAAUGUUUGCAAGUUUAUACGGCCGAUAAAGCUAUUAUCCUUACGUCAUGUAGCUGUCUAUGCAUUUUUCAUCACAAUCGAUAGUUCGCCUUUCGGGCGAAACUGCGACUGUUUUAGAGGUGGCCACAGAAAAGAAAUAGCUCAAAAUUUUACCCUGCAUAACAAACGUACCCCCCAACUUUGUGUAUAACCCUCCGGGGUUGCUUAGUGGCUAAGGUGUUGGGCUUCCGAGCACGAGGUCGCGGGAUCAAAUCCCGGCCACAGCAGCAGCAUUUCGAUGAGGGUGAAAUGCGAAGACACCCGUGUACUUAGAUCUAGGUGCACGUUAAAGAACCCCAGGUGGUCUAAAUUAUACCGGAGUCUCCCACUACUGCGUGCAUCAUAAUCACAUCAUGGUUUUGGCACCCCAUAAUUUAAUUUAACUUUGCGUGUACAUUUCGGGAAGAAAAAUGCGUUCAUUAUGCGAGUAAAUACGGUAUAAAUACGGUACGGCUGAAGUGCAAGAUCACACUUGCCAAUUCUCGACGUACUUUACAUUAGCACGUGUUGUCAGGGGAGUGCCACAAUGUAACUUUGGAGUGACUUUUUAUUAUGAGAACAACCAUUUUGGCAAAGAAGCGUGCACCAUGAGUAUUAAAAGUUGGCCUUUCUGUCUUAUCGUCUGGGGUCUGUUUAAAGCUUAAAAUUCUUUCUAGUAGUUGCAUCUUUUGACGAGAUGGACCCAUCUUUAUGCGCCACUUUCUCUCCGUCGUCUUCUAGCACGCUCUGCAGGGCUCAGCACAGCAGUGCAGAAGAUGUGCGCUAUGCAUUCGCUUUCUGAAUUUGUGGCAAUGAAGUGAAACUCCCAUUUGCAGGGUGCACUUGUCACCAUAUGAGUUUUGGCUUUUUUCUUGAAAUCCAGAGGCCCUCUGCUUCGAGAAUGACAUUGUGCACACUUUUUACACCCAUUUCUAUGGAGUGCUGACAGGACUUGCAGUAUUCAUGUGACAUACCACAGUCAUUGGCGUCCAGUCAGCUGUAAUUUAACAGUAUGGGAUUGAUGCAAAUAUUUCUACAGCGUUUGCAGUCCGUGCUAAGUCUAUGGCCAUGCGAUUCCCUCCAAACCUUCAUCCACAUUUUACAAUAAAAGAUCUCUGAGAAUGAGUUCUACAAGGCCUUGUCUAAUAAAAUUGUAUAUUCUUGCUAUAACCAUGAAGAUAUUGCUGAUGUGUCAGCGUCUUGAAGCAAAACAUACACCUAGUCACCUGAACUUACAGGAGGUGGGAAGCCUUAGCUGUGUGCAUAGCAAGUUGCAACAGUGCUAGGUCAGUGAUAGUGGUUAAAAAGGGCACGUUCAGAGUUUUUAAUACCUCAGUGACACAUCUACAGAGCUUCUGUGUACGUAUAAUUGCCACCUAUGCAGAUGUCACAAUUGAAAGGGCUAAGUGACUCUGUUGCAAUGUGACUUCGUCUUGAGUUUUGCGUUGUGGAUGCCAGCAUAACCAUCAGCGUUUUCAAGUUAUCUUCAGUAGUGCUCUGUGGUGCAAGGCCUGUUCACUCACUGAUCCCCUUGUAACACAUGCACAUAACAUGCUAUUCUCACAAAUGUGGCUUCUGCAAGGCAUGCCUUGGUCAGAAAGAAAGUAUAUUUCAUUCUAGUGCAUGGCUACCUCCAGACUGAAGGGCUACGCUGAUGGUUCUUCUUGUGAGUUUAACCUCCACUAAUCACAGUUCAGACACCCCCUUUGUAAUACAGUCAAACCUAGAUAUAACGAACCUCGAUUUAUUGAAAUUCGCGAUGUAACAAACUAUUUUUACUUUUCAUUUUAGUCCUCUUGAAUUAACGAAAUUCUCGAUAUAUCGAAGUUUUUCGGUGCAAGUACAACUUCGUUAUAUCGAGGUUUGACUGUAGUUGCUUUUGGCUGUGAUAGCUCUAAACGACAUAGAACACGGCAAGUAAAUAAAUAAAGCAUAAACUACUAGUUAUGGCAGCCUGUUCAUAGGAAUGAAAGUUUUUGCAAUUUCAAAAUAUUCCCACUUCUGCGGGGUAGCGCUUGAAAUAAAUGUCAUUGGCAAAGAGAGAGAAAUGACCAAUUAAUGCCUGUCAAUAAUUAUAGUGCGUGUUAUUUUUCGCAUGGCUGAUGUCUCUGUCAGUGCCACUUUGGCAAACUGCUGAUGUCGUCUUUCAGUGUUGGCUUUGUGAGACACAUAUACUAAGCAACGCAAAGCAAGAGCAGCUUAAAAAUGUGCAUAAACAAUUCGUUCAUGCUACCUGUUCCCUACCCUUGUAUGCUGUGCAAUUUAAACCAGUGCAUUAGUUAUACACAAUGUGGAUGAAAUUAAAUGAUGUUGCUCAUUAAAAGUACCCACAUUAUACAAUAGUGUCGUCGUAUGUAUUCCUAAAAAUAACUUACAUGCGCUGUCCACAUCAUAAUGUGGGUGAUGCAUCAUGUAAAAAACUGUCUUUCCAAAUGCAUUAUUUCCAUGAUCAGCAGCCUACGCUAUUGCCUCGCAUUUUGUGGAGAUUAUUUGUGUUAGUCAUCACCCACUUAAUAUACUUGUCUGUGAUAUUCUUUUUCUGGGGCACUAUACUGUUGCUAACUCUGUGGUAUGUAGAACCACUUUAUAGUAAAUCACUCCAGACUGGGCCAGUUGCUUACUGCAGUCUUUUUGGAACUUGUAUUGCGGUAUGCAGGACUACUGCAAAAACUAAAUGAAUAGUUUAUUAGGCCAUGAAUUUGUGACAAAGCGUUUUUGGCGUCAUCAGCAUGAAUCCUCUGCACAACAACAUGCAAUCCGGGAACACUAUGGCAUGAGGGUUCCACUGAAAACUACUGUAGUGUGUUGUGGUGGGUGUUAUUAGUGAAUGCUUGCAGCUAAAUAUAACUUGAAUUUCAACCUGGCAGUUCCUUCAGUUCACUGUGUUUCUGGUAUGUUAAACUACUGCCAAGGCUUCAAUGAUAUAGGGAAGGCUGUUCUGCUGACUAGAGGAAGAAUAACAGUCCCAUUGAGACUGGUGGUUUCAUUGGUUGUCUGUUAUACAAGACACGAAAUGCAAUUGUAAUGGGGUUUCCCUCUAGUUGAGCUGUAUAUGAGUUUUCCGGCUGUAAAGAUAUUUUUUUGUUAUUGGCUGCUCUGAACGUUCAUGUUACAACAUGAAGAGAAGACAUCCACUACGGCUGUAAGCCGUCUCCUGCAGGAACUUGCCUCUGGAAGAGAAAACGAGAUUGCAGACGCAUUCCAAGGCCAACAUCAUUGGGUGUCUGAUAAUAUUGUCACGCUGCAUGGCGGAACCAAAGGAAGGGAAAGUAGAGGAGUGCGUGAGGAGCUGGCCGCUGCCUGUUGGCCUUGGAUGACUGUCCUGUCUCUUGCGCUAAGCUAACCAUCUAUCAUCUUGUAAAUAAACCCAUCCCAUCUGCUACAAUAUGAGGGGCUGCAAUAAAGCAUUUCAAUUAGUCCAGAAAGCAUGACUUCCCUUGUCAGUCUCUUGCUGUUGCACAUGUGCUGCCUUGGUCUCAGCUCCCGCACAUCGUGACUGUGCCAUCUUUGUAUUCAUGCAUACACACCUUGUUGUAAAGCAUGGCUGUAAUGCGCAGUCUCACACUGACAUCAUAACUGCCCUCUUGAUGUCUUCUGCCAUCCCUUGUGCAGGCAGUUGUAGGUUGUUCUCAUAAGCUGGCAGUGAGGCAGAAUAUCGAGCAGCUGAGGAGUGAGCGAGAGUCUGCCACCUUGAUUUAAAAUGCAUGUACGAAGCAGCAUCAACACACAUGUUGAUAAGCAAUGCAUGUUCACCUGACCAGGAGCCCUGUCGCCUGUGCAGCUUUCCUUGCUUCUGAGUUGCGGAAUACGUGUGAAACCCAAUUAGAAUGUUCAUCUUGCUCAAUUUGGUUUGAAACUUAUUGAGAGCUUGGGCAUACUCUUGUGAUUGUCUUACUAAAUGUUUUCCUUCUUAUUGUAAAAAACACAUUUUUAAGUAGCACAAGUUAUUCCCUUUAACAUGUGUGGCUCUAAAGGCCCAAACAGAAGGAAGAAGUUUCCAACUAAUUUUCUGCGUCAACACCAGCCAGAGUCGGUCGGCUUUUAUGCUUUUCUAGCCACUUAAGGCGUUGGCACUGUUGUCUGGUCUGGACAGACUUUGGCAUCGAGUAAGCAUCACUUUCAGAGUUGCAUUGUUCUUGAUGCCGAAUGGCGCCUACGCCGAAAAUUCAUCACAAACUUGUUCUUUGCAGUUGUACCUUAAGGAGCAUAUUGAGAUUGAUUCUGUACGCGGAGAACCUUGAGAGGUACUUAAGGAGAGAUAGUUACAGGAUAGGAAACUGGCUCUCCAUCACGCAUGUGACUUCACAUGCACAGGAAUGUGGUGAAAGGUCAAUGAGUCGACGUGAGCAGGGCAACAUAGUUCACUGGUAUUAACUACGAAAAUAAGGCUUUCAUGGAAAGUGAUACACUCCCAGUGUGCCCUAACUGAUAUGUGUGUCCCCUAAUGCCUGGGACUUGGAGGCGAUUGAGAGUUGCAAUCAAUCGUUGUAUGCAUUCUCAUUCUCUCAUGGAGCACAGUCCCUAUUGCGUACCGCAUUUUGCGAUGUUCGUGUGUGACCAUGGUGUAUUUUUUGUUGCGAGUGCUACUUCUCCAUGCUUGUGUGUAUGCUGUAACCUGCUGUGGUUGCUUAGUGGCUAUUGUGUUGGGCUGCUGAGCACAAGGUCGCGGGAUCGAAUCCCGGCCACGGCGGCUGCAUUUCGAUGGGGGUGAAAUGCGAAAACACCCGUGUACUUAGAUUUAGGUGCACAUUAACAAGGUGGUCCAAAUUUCCGGAGUCUCCCACUACGGCGUGCCUCAUAAUCAGAUCGUGGUUUUGGCACGUAAAACCCCAUAGUUUAAUUUUAAUUUUUUGGUGUAUGCUGUAAGGAGCAGGAACAGCACACAUUUGUGGACCUGCAUUCUUGACCUGUUUCAGCUUGACUUGGCUAACACGCAAUCUAAUGACCACCACAACAGCAUGUAACCUAAGUAGAAAAUGUCAUUACUACUGCUCAUUUGCCUAACCAUCUGUAAGCAUGAAUUGUUUAUUUGCUUCAUUGGGCCUGUAAAUAUAUAUAGUAUUGUUGCUUUAGGAGUUCAUUUUGGCAGCCGAUAAGAUAGGGCAUUGUCAAAAGUGUUGAUACAGUCCCUAGAAGGGACUGUACUAGAAUAGUUUUGAAGCCUCUGUGCUCAUGACCACAGCACUCUUCUGGCUGCAUACUGAAGCCCCCGCAAACCUUUUGAUGCUAUAAAGCUCUGAAUGUAACCAGUUUAAUUUUCCGGGCCCUUUUCUUUCUUAUGCUCAUUUCCAUGACAGCGGGACAGUGCUGUUGCCCACUAAAAAGUAAGAUGUUUUGUUUUCCCUUAUAAUUUGCUACUAUAUUAGCCAGACAGAUCUAUCCAGCUUUGGAGUGUAAAAAUAUUUCAGGAGGCCUGCCAGAGGUCCUACUGUGGGUUCUUGUCACUCACACUGUGGCUUUAAAACUUUUCAAUGAAGGUGGUGCAGCUGUAAAUAUGUAGCAGUUGGCUCAUUGUAGUGUAGCGGGAUAUCCAAGCCACUCUAUAGAGCCUGCAAUAUUCAUGUGCCUUUGUAAAAAAGCACCAGCCAUGCAAAUCUUGCAGUGUGCUAGGAACCUGUACUGGUUUUCUAGCUGUAUCACAAAAAUGUACUGUACUUUUUAUUGAGUGAACAUGUUGGCUUUGCAAAGAAUUAAAUAAAGCUGUUGCUGCUUGUA